AUGAGUGAGCCAGAGUGUGGGAAGGCCUUUACUUAUUCCUCAAACCUUAGUCGGCAUAUAAGAAUUCACAAAGGAGAGAAGCCUUAUGGAUGUAAGCUAUGUGGAAAGGCCUUCUCUGUGUCCUCAAGCCUUGAUGUGCAUAUGAGGAUUCACAAUGGAGAGAAGCCUUAUGGAUGUAAGGUUUGUGGAAAGGCCUUUGUUAAUUCCUCAAGACUUACCUGCCAUAUGAGAAUUCACACUGGAGAGAGACCUUAUGUUUGUAAGGAAUGUGGGAAGGCCUUUGUUGAAUCCUCAGGUCUUACUCGGCAUAUGAGAAUUCACAAUGGAGAGAAGCCUUAUGGAUGUAAGGUUUGUGGAAAGGCCUUUGUUAAUUCCUCAAGACUUACCUGCCAUAUGAGAAUUCACACUGGAGAGAGACCAUAUGUUUGUAAGGAAUGUGGGAAGGCCUUUGUUGAAUCCUCAGGCCUUACUCAACAUAUGAGAAUUCACAAUGGAGAGAAACCAUAUGUUUGUAAGGAAUGUGGAAAGGCCUUUGUUGUAUCCUCAGGCCUUACUCGACAUAUGAGAAUUCACAAUGGAGAGAAGCCUUAUGGAUGUAAGGUAUGUGGAAAGGCCUUUGUUUCUUCCUCAAGCCUCAAUAUGCAUAUGAGAAUUCACAAUGGAGAAAAGCCUUAUGGAUGUAAGGUAUGUGGAAAGGCCUUUGUGGAAUCCUCAACCCUCAUUCGCCAUAUGCGACAGCACACUGGGGAGAGACCUUAUAUUUGUAAGGAGUGUGGGAAGGCCUUUGUUUCUUCCUCAACCCUUACUCGUCAUGUGAGAAUUCACACUGGAGAGAAACCAUUUGUUUGUAAGGAAUGUGGGAGGGCCUUUCAUCAGGCCUCCGGCCUAAUUGUACAUCGGGCAGUUCACACUGGGGAAUAUCUGCCUCCUGACAUCACGUUGCAAAGUCCUACCCAGAUCGCUGGUUAUCGAGAGGAGAUUUGGCAUUCUGGGUGGAAGUGCCAGUGGGCUGCAGAAGGUGAGAAGCGGAUGAGGGGGCAUCCAGGGGAAGCUGGGGAAAUCGAUACCAUUGAUGAACAACAGGAUGAUUGUGAUCGUGAUGUGUUUUAG